CGCGGGCGCUGAAACCCGAGCCUUGUUUCCUGGGUGCGUGUGUGUGCGCGCGCGCCCGCGCGCGUCCCCUUUAAGAGGGCAGCGCCGCGCGGCGCUCCGCUGCCGGGAACUCGCGUCAUUUCGCCGCUCCGACGCGCAGAUCAAUGAGUGGCAGCGCGCGCCGUCCGCCCCUCAGGAAGCAGCUCGCCCACAGCGCGCGGCGCACAAUGUAGAGGAGCGCGCCGAGAGGAGACAAAGGAGCUGCGCCUGGACGCGGAGGACGCGCGCGCUGAAGCGCAACAGUGAGUGAGCGCGCGCGUGUGCGCCGGAGUCGCGGGAAACAGGCAGCCCAAGUACUUGAGUCGCAUGAGCGCGUUCCUGCGCCUUCCGCCGGGGAAAGAGUGGGCAGAGCAAAGUGGGGGACGGAGGAGAACUUCCCAGAGAUCGUGCUGCUGUCUCUGUCUGCCCACUGACUGAGGGACAUGAUGAUGUCCGAGCCGCAGUCGAACCCGCCGCCGCAGCAACAGCAGCAGCAGCAGCAGCCGCCGCCGCCGGCCAUGAAGCAGGAGAGGAUCUCUCUGAGCCCCCUGGCGAGCCCCCUGCCCAACUCCACUUCCUCCCCGCUUCAUGAUCCAGCAUCUCGGCACGGCGGCAGGAUGGAGGAAGAGCCAGCGCGCCUGCCUACACACCUGCGUCUGCAGCCAGUCUUCUGGAGCAGAGAGGACGUGUCCCAGUGGCUGCGUUGGGCCGAGAGGGAGUUCUCCCUACACCCCAUGUCCAGCGGCACCUUCGAGAUGAAUGGCAAGGCCCUGCUGCUGCUCACCAAGGAGGACUUCCGUCUGCGCUCCCCCCACUCAGGGGACGUCCUGUACGAGCUGCUGCAGCACAUCCUGAAGCAGAGGAGGCCCCACGGCAUCUACCCGCCGGCCUUCUUCUCGGGCAGCUCCUUCCAGCCGCACACGGAGGGCGCCUUUGCGCACCACAAACUCGAAGAAACGGUACGGCGAACCCCUCGAGGUACGGAGCCCCUCCCACAGCACACGCCCACCAUCGAGCUGCGGCACCGACCCCGCUCCCCUCACUAUCCGAGCCGGCCGUCGCCCUUCCCCCGCUCCCCUCCGGAGCCCGCCCUCCACGAGGACCCGCUGCAGGCGGCUUCCCAGCUGCCCGACAGCAACCAUCACUCGGAAGAGCAGUACCAGCUGUCGGUGUCGCCGGCGGAGCGUAGCAACGGGCGCUGCGCCACCCCGCACGACGUCCCGCGGCCCGACAGUCCGAGCCAGGAGAGCGCGCGGGUCAUCCAGCUCGUACCCAGCACCAUCAUGCACCCGCUCAUCCUGAACCCCCGCGGAGGGGCAGUGGACUUCAAGCACGCGCGCACGCCCCCCGAAAACGGGCGCGAGGGAAAGGGCCUUGCGCUGGCUCACCACCGCGAGGAUCUGUUCUACCGGAACCACAUCAUGCUGCCCGUGUCACCCCCGGAGGAGCAGCCCCAGCCCAUGGGCCGCAUAGCCGACUGCAGGCUGCUGUGGGACUACGUGUACCAACUCCUGUCCGACAGCCGGUACGAAAACUACAUCCGCUGGGAAGACAAGGAGAGCAAAGUGUUUCGCAUCGUGGACCCCAACGGCCUGGCGCGCCUCUGGGGAAACCACAAGAACAGGACCAAUAUGACGUAUGAGAAGAUGUCGAGGGCGCUGAGACAUUACUACAAGCUGAACAUCAUCCGGAAAGAGCCGGGGCAGCGGCUCCUGUUCAGGUUCAUGAAGACCCCGGAUGAGAUCAUGAGCGGGCAGACGGACCGCCUGGAGCACCUGGAGUCGGACCUGGACGAUCAGAUGUACGUCAAGGAGGAAUGCUGAGGUUUGCGAGGGCAGAGCCGCAAGCGGACCGCGGUCCCCGUCGCCUGGCCGCCGACUCCUUUCCGCGAUCGCUCGGGACCAGCAGCGAUGAGAAGCACAAGAGGGGUCGCGGGUAACGCGAAGGGACCCGUUACUCAGUCGAGAUUUCGCUGUCGAUUCUACGUUGUUAACAGAGUUGCUAAGAACGCGUCUAAAGGAGGAUCCUGUAGCGCGACGAACAUUCCAGCUGUGCCAUGGGAACUGCUCGACGGGUCCUUCGGCGCUUGUGGGAUUUCCUGACGAUGCCUUACGCAGAGCGCUGCUGCCGUGCCGCUCCGUAGACGUAGCGGCGCCGGCCCGACGGGCACCUCCGGCACAAACUGAGCGUGCAGCGGUCCAGCUGUGGCACGGCUGCCCCCCCCUUUUUUUUUUU